GUCAAGCGUUGAUGACGUCAUGUAGCGCGACUCGAGUCAUGCUUGCAACUCUCAGUUGUGUUUAUCCAUAAAGUAGAAAGAAAGAAGCUGUAUUUGAAUUGGAUACCGAAAAAGAGUGUGAGUCGCCUUUAAUGCGUUACAGUUACUAAUAGAACCAACGAGAGAAGGACAUUUUUCUCCAAGAUACUACUAGCAUUAACAAAAACAGCAAGGUUAUUAGCAUGCUAGUCUCACACCUGGUUAUUGAUUCGUGUGACUAACAGCAUGUUUUUUCUUCAGUUGGUUUAGGAAAUAAAUGUUUCACCAGUUUGUAUAUGACAACGUGACCGUUUUUACCUGAUUUAUAACUGAAGUCCUGUGUAAUAAUAGAUAAUCCACAUUACAUUCUCACAACCCCAUGAUAAAUUAUGGGCUCCAGCUUGAUAUUAAAAGUCCGAUUAUGCCUGAAAGCCUCCAAGUCGUUCUUCUACCAGGGAGGUUCGGCUUUCUACACACUAAACGCUUCUGUGUGCAAGACAUCACAGCUGCCCUUCGCUGCCCGCUUUCUAUGCACCAGACACAAUAACCCAAAGCCAGGAGGCAGACCGACAGACACAGGGAACAGCCGACAGACUGAUGGACAGGGAGGAGUAAGAAAUAGCACAGUCAGACGUAGGGAGGAGGAAUUGUGGGAUGGUGCUACGAAAGGAGGAGGCAAGAGCGCUGCCCUUUGGCAGAGACCUUCUUCCCACAAAUCUGUGUUUGCUGCUGGGACGGCAAAGAGGACGGCAGAGAUGCUGAAGAGAAAAACAUCUGCGGUCUCUCAGGACGAGGAGCGGCAUGGAGGCGAUCCUGAGGGGAGGACACCAAGAGGAGCAGCAAAGGUGCAGCCUCCCACCCGGCCGCUCUCUGCUGCAGAGUGGAGGACGCUGAAGGAGUCUCUGGGAAAUCAUCCACGCUUUGACAUCCAGAUGAUGUGUGUGCUGUUCACCCGCGGGGCGGAGCUGGACAUUGCCAAGUCCCUGCUGACCUUCGCAGCCAUGGAAACGGGGACGCUGUCCUAUGAGCUGCUUCUACGGUACCUGACGCUGUGUGUGAGCGGUGGCCACAACGCCGAGGUGUUUGAUGUCUAUGACAUUAUGCGGGGAAAUUUCCCCUCUCUGGAGACGGGAGCCUCCAGCCUCUUCAUCAAGUCCUUCUGCCGGACGGAGAAGUGGCAGGAGGCUCUCGUCAUCCUGGGUGAGCUAAAGAAGGUCUUUACCCCGUCACCGCGCAACUAUGGGGAUAUCAUCGCGGCGGCGUUGUUAAAUGGUGACGCGACCACUGCCUGGGCUCUCUACGAUGAGGUGAUGGAGAAGGGACUGAGCCCACACCCGGAGACCUGGAACGCUCUGUUUAAGGGAGCGAGGAAGACGGAGGAUGAAGGGGGGAAGGAGGCCGAGGCCAUGUCUCAGUCUGAGCAGCAGGAGAGGCUGCUGAAGGUACUGCUCUACAUGCGAAACAACCAGAUCUACCCCCAGCACGGCCUCGCCAACACCAUCAAGACCUGGUUUGAGAGUCUGACGGGGCAGAGCUGGACAGGACGUUGGGCGAGCGCCAGUCCAAAGGGUGUGUGUGGGAGUUGUGGGUCAGGCUUAGAGUCCAUCCAGCUGACUGCUGAGGAGUACCAACAGCUGAAAGACAGAGUGAUGACGGACAUCAUUCAGGGUCGAGAUGUUUUUAACAAAACUACACCAGAGGAGUUGGAGAUGUUCAAGGUGUUUGUGGAGAGGAAGCCGGCGUUUGACGUCGUCGUAGAUGGGCUGAAUGUGGCAAAUAUCAGCAAGGACAAAGGCAGGCAGUCCGAGAUGCUGUUGACGGUGGUGUCCGAGCUGGAGAGACAGGGCCUAACUGUGCUGGUGUUGGGGAGGAAACACAUGCUGCGACCCUCCAGGUCGUGGGACAGACACAACAUGAAGCUCCUCCAGCAGAAGGCUCAUUGCUUCUUCACUGACAACAUCUCGGAGGAUGACCCCUUCUUGCUGUACGCCGCGCUGCAAUCCGGGAACCACUGUCGGUUUGUGAGCAGGGACCUGAUGAGGGACCACAAGGCCUGCCUGCCAGACGGAGCCACCCGCCGGCUCUUCUUCAAGUGGCAGCGAGGCCACCAGCUGGUGGUGGACGGGUACGUAGCGGCAGGCAGGAGAGUCCGAUUUCAGAGUAUUCCCAGCUAUGACACCAUCAUCCAGACUUCAGCAGGCUCGUGGCACGUUCCCUACGACGACACAGAGGACAGGUGCACCUAUGAAGUACCACAGCGAUGGCUGUGCCUCACCACAAACCACUGAACACAGACACACAACUCGUAUGUUUGGACCAUAAACUGUGGACUUGUAAAUAAAUAACGUACAACAAAGAA